AUGUUAGCAUACGUUUUCCAUUAUCAAAACUGUGUAACAUGUGUUUUUGUUUUGUUUAUAGGUGCCUUAGCUGGAUCAAUUAUCGUGGAGCCACAUGUCACAGCAGUGUGGGGAAAGAAUGUUUCGUUGAAAUGUUUAAUUGAAGUGAAUGAAACCAUAACACAGAUUUCAUGGGAGAAGAUCCAUGGCAAAAGUACACAGACUGUUGCAGUUCAUCAUCCUCAGUAUGGAUUCUCUGUUCAAGGAGAUUAUCAGGGAAGAGUCUUGUUUAAAAACUACUCACUUAAUGAUGCAACAAUUACUCUGCAUAACAUAGGCUUCUCAGACUCUGGAAAAUACAUAUGCAAAGCUGUUACAUUCCCUCUUGGAAAUGCCCAGUCCUCUACAACUGUGACUGUGUUAGUUGAACCUACGGUGAGCCUGAUAAAAGGGCCAGACUCUUUAAUUGAUGGAGGAAAUGAAACAGUAGCAGCCAUUUGUAUAGCAGCCACUGGAAAACCAGUUGCACGUAUUGACUGGGAAGGUGAUCUUGGUGAAAUGGAAUCUACUACAACUUCCUUUCCCAAUGAAACAGCCACGAUUGUCAGCCAGUACAAGCUCUUUCCCACGAGAUUUGCUAGAGGAAGGCGAAUUACUUGUGUUGUCAGACAUCCAGCCUUAGAAAAGGAUGUCCGAUACUCUUUCAUUCUAGACAUCCAAUAUGCUCCUGAAGUUUCAGUUACAGGAUAUGAUGGAAAUUGGUUUGUGGGAAGAAGAGGUGUUAACCUCAAAUGUAAUGCUGAUGCAAAUCCUCCACCAUUCAAGUCCGUAUGGAGCAGGUUGGAUGGACAAUGGCCUGAUGGUUUAUUGGCUUCUGACAAUACUCUUCAUUUUGUCCAACCACUGAAUUUCAAUUAUUCUGGUGUUUAUGUCUGUAAAGUGACAAAUUCCCUUGGUCAAAGAAGUGAUCAAAAGAUCAUCUACAUUUCAGACAACCCACUUAAGCAGACCUCAUCCAUAGCAGUAGCUGGAGCUGUGAUUGGAGCUGUCCUGGCCCUCUUCAUCAUCGCCGUCUUUGUGACCGUGUUGCUAACACCACGGAAGAAGAGACCUUCGUAUCUUGACAAAGUAAUUGACCUUCCACCUACACAUAAGCCGCCCCCUGUGUAUGAAGGAGUUUCUUCUCUGCCUCAGAAAGGCCUUCUGUGUCAGGCUGAACACUUACCGUUGCAGACUCAGUUCAAAGAGAAAGGAGCUGGUUGUCUUCAGUCCUCUAAUGGACUAAAUAGCAGAUUUGAUUAUGAAGAUGAGGCCACAGUACAAGAGGAUGGAACUCAGCAGAUGUACCCCCUUUACAACCAGAUGUGCUACGAAGACCAGAGCCCUCACAAACAUCACUCAGGCAACCCUGAGAGACCCUACAUCCACCCACGAGAACAUUAUGUGUGAUUUUCCUCUUGUUGUAAUGGGUAUUCUAACAAAUGCUUAUUCUUAGACUUGAGAGAGAAACUGAGGCAUCUAAACAGUUUCAGUCUGAAUGUGUUGGAACCUUGAAGAAUGGCUCUGAGUUACUGGUGGAUUUCUUAACUUCAUUAAGGGUUUCUUAGCCACCAGCUGUGUUUGUGAACUUGCCUGUAGCUUUGCAUCUCUGUAACUCUGGUGUUUAACUACUAACAUUGGCCUACAGUGGCGUGUUCAUUUGAAAUCAUGGCAUCUGCCUGUGAUCACUGCAGGGAACGGCCCCAGCUGCUGGCAGCCACUCUGCUUGGGUCUCAGGCAGUGCUCGUUUGUAAUUUAAACAGGUGGGAAAAGGAGCUCCAAAUCCAGUUCACUAAUUAUUAAGCUGGGAUUUAGAUAUCCCUAACAUUUCAGUACGAUUACAAUAUCUGUGUGCAGAGGCCAAGGAAAGAGGCGGACUUGCCUCUCUUCAAACAACAAAAGCAAUGAGAACUUUCAAGCCUCCAGGUGCUUGUGAACUAGUGUCAGUGCUAAGUGUCCUUCCUGGCCAUUAGGCUCCAAGGGCUUCACAGGGCUGUAUGCCCUCUGUCCCCUCAUAACUAGCUGUGUCUGCAUAGUCUCCUACUUUGUCCUUGUUGCUUCAGCCUGUUUCCCACCUAUUGAGUCCUAAAAUCCCUGUCAAAAUGGGAUGCAGUCCCAUUAGCUUUGCCCUUCUUUUUCUGAAUGUGUCAAGCUCAGCUUUCGCUUGUUCAACUGAUUUCUGGCCAGUUUCCCUCCACACAGGCUUUAGCUACUCUUCUGCAUUCUUUACUCUUCUUCCCCGUCUUAUCUACCUCAGCAAACAAGCCAGCAAGCCUACUGGAAAUCACAUAAAAUAACUCCCACUCUUAACAGCCGGGAGAAAAAUUUGAAAACUAUUUUUCGUAAUGCUACUUCAAUAUGACAUAUUGGCUCAGUCCGCAUGUCCUCUGUUCCUCCUCCCCACAUCACCUGGUCAACAAAGCCUAAAGAGAUACUCUAAGUUCAAUAAUACAGUAGCCUCUCUGCCAGGGUUAACAGCGACACCGUGAUGCUGUUAUGCCUGCUCGUGUCUGCCCGGAGUCCUCUCAUCUCCCUCUGCCAACUGUCUAUCACUGAAACUGACAGUGGUCACAGAAGGAAACCUAAAGGCAGAAGGAUCGUGGGCACAUCUUGAGGAUGUCACUUUCCUAUGUAUCCUAUGUAUAGGAUGGUCAGAGCAUGUCACAGGAACUAAAAAAUAAAACACUAUGUACUUGUUACAUAAGAGUGGUAUCAACAUCAAAAUAAACAGUAUACAUCUCCAGCCUAAACCAUAGAGGAAAUGAGAACAUUACCAGAUUUAUAGUGAAAUACCAAAGAUACUUUAUUCAUGCCACACUGGCCUUGGUUCUCCUUUGCUUCUUUUUGUUGUUUGUCGGGCUUUCAAAUAAGCCAUGAGGGGGGUUCUGCUGUAGUAGUACACCCACCCAACCCACUUCUCGUUACCAGCAGUUCUAGGGGCAAGAAUACUCAAAUUCCAUCUACUUCUUUGUUUAGGAUUAGCACUUUUAGCAGUUAUAGCUCCAAAGCACCCUGAGUUUGCCUGGUCUUCUCUGCUCCACCACUGUGCUGCUGUGGGUAUAGUUUACUACCUUUAUAGCAAAGACAGUGACCAACUUCAUUGCUCAGGAUGCCAUCACUAAGUCAGUGUGACUCCAGUUACAGGAUUCCUUGUGGUUGGUUUCCAGUAGAUAGAUGGUAUAGUCUUCUUGAGUAGUGAACAUUUCAUUAGACCUCAGUGUUAGGGGCCAGAUUGCAGAGCACCCCUCCUUUAGAAGACUUUAAAUAUCUUAACACUGAAGAGAGUUGCUAGAGUCCUGCUGGGAAGCAGGUCAUAGAGUCCACUUCACAAAAGCGCCUUGUGGACCAAGAGGGAAGGAAGGGGGAUGGCAUCGUUUGUGCCAGAGAAAAGGAUCUGGAAGCCUCUUGUCCUCUCCUUUGCAUCCUCCCACAAGGAACCCACUGUCUACCUUUCAACGAAUCUUAGUAUUGUUAUGAAAAGGCUGUUUUAGGUGUGGGCAUUCUCAUCACUAUCGUCUGUGCCUUUCUGUCAGCUGUGAAAUUUCUUAGACAUAGUGCUUUGUUUGAUAGUUGUUGGCCCCGGACAUGGGUCACAUAAGCUUUGUAAUAGCUAAUUCUAGUAUCUCCUGUCUGCUAUUAAAAAAAAAAAAAAGUUAGCCAAAUACAGAACAGCUUUAAUGGGGAUUGAUUAACCAGUCCCCUUAAACAAAAAUUGCCACCCAAAAUUAGUCUGCUAAUUUUUGAAUUUCUGAAUUUGGAGCCUAGAAGACUUGAUGGUGCCAUUUAAAUGUGGAAGUCAGACUCUUAAGGUCAGUAGGUGAAGUUGAGGGACAUGUUCACAGCUGGUCAUGCUCUGCCCGUAACUGUUCUGUCAAAGUUCACCGAGACGAGUAAGUUUGUAUGGUAUUUCCCGUGUACUGCUGCCACUCUGCAUUCCAAGGAGACGGGGGUACGUGCUCACCCUCCUCCCAGCCUCCAUUGCCUAUUUUACCUGCCAGCAUUGUGGCUGCAGUAGCAGACCGGGAUAUUUUGCAUCUCACUACAGUGAAGCAUGUGUACUGGCUAGGAACUGACUGACUUAAUGAACUAAGAAUGCAAACAGCAGUGAUUUGUUAUGUCUUCUAUGAGAGGUCCUAAAAAAAAGCCUGACAUUUUGUAUGCUUUAUAUUUGAAGACAUUUCUAUGCUCUUCGGAGUAUAUGGAACUCUUAUCCAUGCUAACCAUCUGUAUAACAGGUGAAUAUGUGCGCACACCCCCCACACAUACCCACACACAGGAGACUAAAGAAAUCCCCAGUAAAUGACCAAGUUCUCAUCAUUAUUAUUUUCUUAAGUCCUAUUUUCUGAGAGAAACAAGACCAAGUCCUUCUCCCCAAGUUGUCUUUUGUAAAAGUCUAAAUUUCAAAAAGUUUGUCUGUUGCUCCUCUUUUCUUGCAUUCACUGGUGCUAUUCUUACUAUAAAAUACGGCUUGCCUUGGAAUUAGAGGAUCCCCCAUUGUUUUCAGAGUCAACAGGACAGGUCAAUACCCAGAUUUACACGUAACUUCAAAAACUAAGGAAAACAAACUAUGUAGCGUAUCAGCUGUCCCCAUCCAUAAUGUAGAGACCUUUCCCAUCAGCCUCUCAGAACUGUGGUAAGAAUUAAACUAGGGAGCGGUAGAUGAGAACUCUUAAGUUCUCUCAAACUGAGAACUUCCUAUGACUCCACUGUUGCAUAUUGAACUUCAACCUCAAGUGCCUUUGCCAGUAUUUAGAGUACUGGAAUGCUGUAGGAGAACAGUUCAGCAUGUGAAAAUUUCAAUUUGAUCUAAUUUAAAUAUAACCAAUGGCAGGUUCAGACAUUCCAUUUAUUAUAAUAAACAUCCCAUAAAAUGUUUUAUAUCUGGGCCAUUGGAUAAAGGUACUUACCAUGCAAGCCUAGGGACCUGAGUUUAAACCUUGCAGUUAACAGAAAGUAGAAGGAGAGAUAAGGGCUACAACUUGGUCCGCUGACCACAACUUGAGCUCACACACCUUAUGCCCAUGCAAUAGUAGUAAUAAAUAUGUUCUAAAGGCUCAUCUGUCCAGCUUUAGGUUGGAUUGAACAUGCAUAUUUUAGAAUUCACGAUUGCUUCUGUUUUUCAAGUAACUAUGAAUGAGGAGCUCUACUGAGUGCAUGGUAUGGACCGGGUUCUAGGCCCAGCACUGUACAUGAGUCAUCUCACCCGCUAGGAUCACACCCCUGCUGUGUCCUCUUCCAAGAGCUCCCAUGGGCACAGGAAGGUGUGUCCUCUCCCAUCACACCGUUGUAGGUUAUGCAGAUCAUCAUUCAGCUGUUACUUUUUUAAAACCCACUUUGAUUGUUGGAAAAUAUAGUUGUCUUGGUUUUCUUUUUAAAGCAGAAAUCCAAGAGCCUACAUGGGAUAAAACUCUAAGAAACUUUAAAGUGAAAGCAAGUACAUGUGCUCACUUUAUCCUCUUCUAUCCAGUAGGUUAGCGUACAUUAGGUUAAGCUACGGAGGCUAAACCAAGUCAAAUAACGCAGCCUAUACCAGUUGGUUUGACUUUACUGGGCACAAAUGUCUAACAUUCUCUCCUGCACUUAAUUUAACACGCUUCUUGUUAUUUGUCUCUGUCCAGUCAAGAUCCAGCUCCUAGGAUAGUAACACUCAGACUGGAGACAGCUGGAAGGAAGCCAGAGAAGCGUAAAAAGGUGAAAGAUCACGAUGCCAGGGUCACGACCUGUGCCUCUCAGCUUUGUAUUUUUCUUGUUCUGGUGCUUGAACAGCAAGGCCUUUCCUUCCUUGGGUCAUCUGAAGACUCUAAAAGAACCCAGGACUUUUAUCAUCGUUAAAACUAAACCUAAUGUUUGCAAACCUAGCCAAAUAUAGAACACAACAACAUUAAUCCUCUUAGAGCUGAUGAAUUUGUGGAUUUCUUCCAUUCAAGAAUAUUAUAAUCUGACUGUUGCCAGCUGUUAGGCUAUUUUGGUAGCCUUUGGUAGACAGAUGUGUAAAGGCUAUACGCCUCCUCCCCAACCUCCUCCCCAACCUCCUCCCCAACCAGGUAAUGUUUUACACUGUAAUUAGUCUUUAGUCUACUACAUCAUGUAUGUUACUAAGCCAGGAGGCUCCAGAACAGUUCCCAGUCUCCUAUAAAGCUGAGGAAGUCCGUAGUCUGCCCUUCCAGGCAAUGUAACUCCAUCUCGUGUCUGAAAGCUCUCAGAAGUAAAUCCAGCAAUAUUUUUCCUAAUUCUGUCAGCCAGAUCAUGUUGUGUUUGACUUCUCCUCAGUCUGUUGGACUUGUCCAUGGGAGGGCUGGCCCUACACACUGUGUGCGAGUACACUUUUCAUUAACACCAAGUUGGCCACAGAAAUAUUCACUUGCUUGAUUAACAAAGUGUCUGGGGUUAGACUGAAAAUAAAGCCUGUGGUAACAGCCUUGGAAGUGACCAGAGCUGCUGGCAGGACGUGGAAGAUGUAUGCUCUGGUUAAGGUGUAUCAGAUAUUAACCAGCCACCCCUAGAGCUAAAACUAAUCAGCAUAUUUCAAGAUAACUUUAAAAUUUUAAAGUCUGGUGUAACAGAAUUGGGUAAGAUUUCUCAGGAUUUCAUGCCCUCACCCUGGGAUGGAAUAGAAUUGUUUACUAACUGAAGUCAAGAACCGGCUGGAGAGUUGUGCUGACAUUUAUCCAUAAUAGCAACUAUAUUUUAGGAUGAAUUGUCAGCGCUAUCCAGAUUUAUGGAAGAAAGCAAAUUAUCUGCAAAUUGGUCAGCAGCUGAUAGGCUUCUGUCCUCUCGUUACAGUUCUACAGUGGAUUUGGCACAGUUGCCACAAGCAAAUGUUUCACUCGGAUGUGAAAAGAGCUGCUCUUGGUCUUAAAGUUCUAAACAAUUCGUAGUCAACAGAGGGGCUUUCUGAGAUAGCUCAGUCUUCUGCCACUUUAAAGCUGGGAGGCCACAGUUACUUGCUCCUUCAUGCCUUUUCCAGAAUGUUUCUAGGAUCAGCUCUCCUAAGCUCAACGCAAUGACUGGUUUUGUGACCCACUCUGGGUUGGGUUUAUGUCCAUGACAAGGAAUUUGACUAUGGAAGGUGAUUAGAGGAGAGCCAGAGGGAAAUCCUCCCUGGGAACCCAGAACAUUGAAUUUGCUACAGUGACUUAGAACUGAGCCCUGUCCUACCACAGAUGUGUCUGACAGCCAUGAAGAGAUGGGUUAUUUGUCUUCCUGCAAGGUUAAUUUCCCUUAAUGACACACAGUAGAUCUAUGAAACCCAGAGUUACACACAGUUUUCCAAGUGAAUGGACACCAUUGUAUUGGUUUUCAAUACCCUUUCCAGGAACAGGCAGGAUUUUUAAAUCCACCCUAGUGGUAUUGAUCAAACUAAACUCCUCUGAAAUGGUAUCGUAGCCCAGUGUUCACUAUGUUUUAACUAGAUGCAGCACAACUCUGUCGUACGUGCACUAGUUCAUGCCAGCCCACAGCACUGCUCAGUACCCCUGGGCUCUCACACACUCUCCUGUGAUACAACUGCAAAGAUGCCCUUGACCUUAGUGCUUCAGUAUCCAGACCAGUGUCCAUCAUCUUUGGUUUCAUUGUAUACAUGAAAACCCAAAUCAUCUGUAAAAGUAUCAGUAGCUGAUGUUGCUCCUAGAUCCGCGGACUAUUCCACUUGUCCAUCAAUGAAAGUUCCUGUUGCCCCCUUUUUCACUGUUUCUACCUCUAACCCACUAUGAAAUAAACCACCUCCACGUGGUCCUCCCCUCUCACAUCCCUACUUCUCAGCCUUGUCCCUUCAAGUCAGUGCUCUCUUCCUCACAGGGGUUGUACCCAUGGUGGCGAGGAAUAAGACUGCUAAGGACUACCUUCAAGAGAGCGCCUCUUUCAAAGUGAUUUUACAAAAGCGUCUGGGCUUAGAAAUAAGAAACUCUCUAGCUAUUUUAUUUUUCUAUUCUUGUUUUGCUAUUUUUACCUCUGCAAAGUGAUCUCUGUCUGAAAAGAGGCUUUAUCCUGGCUUUAACUUUCCCUCUGUUAACCCCCUCACCCUGAAAUCUCCACCUUGUCUGUGCUCUGAACUUCUUACUCUGACCCAAAACUAAGUCUCUCAGUGGAAACCCCAACUCUUAUACUGCUAUUAAAAAAUAAUGAUGUCUUCUGCAGAGAAAUCUCUAGCUUUUCCCACAGGAAGCCAGUGAGGCCUCCCUUUGGCUCAGUCUAGGCCUCACAGCAAGCCUUGCUUCCUCAUAUGUAAACUGAGGUAUUGCUUCCCAAUAUCUGGAUAUUGAUUCCUGGCUAUUAAAUGGUGGAAGCAUUUUACACGUGGCUUGUUCUUCAAAUGGGUAAUCUCGACAGCCUUCAAGUAGGAGUGAUCUGGCUGGAUUUGGAAUCCCUUUACCCCCAGUGUUUGCAAAAGAAACAUACCUUUCUGUCUUCUUGUAGUAGAAAUCCUACAAUCUUCUUUAAUUAUUUUUAUUUUGUUGUGUAGAAAGGGUUUUAUGCUAUGUGUUCCUGUUUGUGAGAAAAGACCCAAGUUAUAAAUUUAAGCAUUAGAACUGAAAGUCAACAGUGUAGUUCCAAGAAGAAAAUUCCAGCUCAGAUGUUGUAAACUACAAAAAGAAGCAUAAAUAUCUGCUUAGAAUUUGAUAUAUUUUAGAUAUUAAGUGUUAAUAUGGUGGUUUUUAGACAUUCCUUAAGUUUCCAGAAAUUGUCUUUUAUUUUUGUAGUUUUGGAUUAUAUGACUUUUUAGAUAUAAAUAAAGUCUUUUAUCAUUUAA